CUGGCUGGGAGAGACAUGGCCUGGUGGCCGAUCGGAGCCUCUCUGUUUGCCAGUAGUGAGGGCUCUGGUCUGUUCAUCGGUCUGGCUGGAACUGGAGCUGCUGGAGGCAUCGCUGUAGCUGGCUUCGAAUGGAAUGCCACCUACGUGUUACUGGCAUUGGCUUGGGUGUUUGUACCUGUCUACGUGUCUUCAGGGAUCGUGACCAUGCCGGAGUACCUGGGCCGUCGGUUCGGAGGGGAUCGGAUCAGAACCUACCUGUCUGUGCUCUCUCUGAUGCUGUCUGUCUUCACCAAGAUAUCAACAGACCUGUAUUCAGGGGCGCUGUUUGUCCAGGUGUGUUUAGGAUGGAACCUGUACCUGUCUACCGUCCUCAUGCUGGUGGUCACUGCCCUCUACACUAUAGCAGGUGGUCUGGCUGCUGUCAUCUAUACAGACACUCUGCAGACCUUCGUCAUGAUUAUAGGAGCUAUCAUCCUCACCAUCACAGCGUUCAACAAGAUUGGAGGCUACACUAACUUGGAGAGAGUUUACCAGGCAGCCAUCCCUUCUAAGAUCAUCCCCAACAGUAGCUGUCACCUGCCCAGAGAGGACGCCAUGCACCUGUUUAGACACCCAGUUACUGGAGACCUGCCCUGGCCUGGCAUGACCCUGGGACUGACUAUACUGGCUACCUGGUACUGGUGUACUGACCAGGUGAUCGUGCAGAGGUCCCUGUCAGCUAAGAACCUGUCUCAUGCCAAAGGAGCUUCUAUCCUGGCGUCCUACCUCAAGAUGUUACCGUUUAUAUUCAUCAUACUUCCAGGCAUGAUCAGCAGAGCUCUGUACCCAGACUCGGUGGGGUGUGUGGACCCAGAGGAGUGUGUGAGGGUGUGUGGAGCAGAGGUGGGCUGCUCCAACAUCGCCUUCCCCAAACUGGUCAUCGAACUCAUGCCCAGCGGUCUGCGGGGGCUGAUGAUAGCAGUGAUGAUGGCGGCUCUGAUGUCAUCGUUGACCUCUAUCUUUAACUCCUCCUCCACGCUCUUCACCAUGGACAUCUGGAAGAAGUACCGCGCGUACGCCUCGGAACGGGAGCUGCUAUUGGUCGGCAGGAUAGUAACAGUGAUUCUGGUGGUGAUAAGCGUGGUGUGGAUUCCAAUCCUGCAGUCGGCCAAUAGCGGACAGCUCUACGUUUACAUCCAAUCAGUGACCAGUUACCUGGCUCCACCCGUUACCGCUGUCUUCUCAUUGGCUAUCUUCUGGACCAGAACAAACGAGCAGGGAGCGUUCUGGGGACUGAUGGUGGGGCUGGUGGUCGGUGUGUGUCGGAUGGUUCUAGAAUUCGCGUUCCCGCCUCCCCGUUGUGGUAUCCAAGACGACGCCCCGUCCGUCCUGCGCUCCGUUCACUACCUUCACUUCGCCAUCAUCCUCUGCUUCCUGUCUGCUGCCGUCGUCGUGGUGAUAUCGCUGCUGACUCCGCCCCCCACUGAGGAGCAGGUGCGUAACCUGACGUGGUGGACGUUGACUGAAGAGGAAGAGAGAGAAAUACCUCUCCAGAAGGUCUCCUCUGUCAGCCACCGAGAGCACAGACACCAGGUCCAAGGUUCUGCUCCGGUGCGGAGGGCGGUCUGUGGACGCGGGGCGGGGCUCUGCAGCUCAGCGGAGGGGCCAGCAGAGGAGGUUCCGUUACCCAGAAUCCCCAGCGUUAGAGAGAGUGUGUUCUGGUCUCGCUUCUGCUGCGUCAAUGCCAUUCUGCUGAUCUGUGUUAAUAUAUUCCUCUACGCUUACUUCGCCUGACCUCUGACCUCUAACUGCUGUCCCAGUAGACUACUUCCUGUGUUUCUACUUCCUGUGUUUCUACUUCCUGUGGGUGUUUCCAUCUCUACGUAAAUCAAUGUUCUGAUGGUUCUAGAAGAUGUAUCGUUCUAGAAUGUUACGGACCUCUAACUGCUGUCCCGGUAGGCUACUUCCUGUGUUUCUACUUCCUGUGUUUCUACUUCCUGUGGAUGUUUCCAUCUCUACGUAAAUCAAUGUUCUGAUGGUUCUAGAAGAUGUAUCGUUCUAGAAUGUUACGGACCUCUAACUGCUGUCCCAGUAGGCUACUUCCUGUGUUUCUACUUCCUGUGUUUCUACUUCCUGUGUUUAUACUUCCUGUGGAUGUUUCCAUCUCUACGUAAAUCAAUGUUCUGAUGGUUCUAGAAGAUGUAUCGUUCUAGAAUGUUACGGACCUCUAACUGCUGUCCCAGUAGGCUACUUCCUGUGUUUCUACUUCCUGUGUUUCUACUUCCUGUGGGUGUUUCCAUCUCUACGUAAAUCAAUGUUCUGAUGGUUCUAGAAGAUGUAUCGUUCUAGAAUGUUACGGACCUCUAACUGCUGUCCCAGUAGGCUACUUCCUGUGUUUCUACUUCCUGUGUUUCUACUUCCUGUGUUUAUACUUCCUGUGGAUGUUUCCAUCUCUACGUAAAUCAAUGUUCUGAUGGUUCUAGAAGAUGUAUCGUUCUAGAAUGUUACGGACCUCUAACUGCUGUCCCAGUAGGCUACUUCCUGUGUUUCUACUUCCUGUGUUUCUACUUCCUGUGUUUAUACUUCCUGUGGAUGUUUCCAUCUCUACGUAAAUCAAUGUUCUGAUGGUUCUAGAAGAUGUAUCGUUCUAGAAUGUUACGGACCUCUAACUGCUGUCCCAGUAGGCUACUUCCUGUGUUUCUACUUCCUGUGUUUCUACUUCCUGUGGGUGUUUCCAUCUCUACGUAAAUCAAUGUUCUGAUGGUUCUAGAAGAUGUAUCGUUCUAGAAUGUUACGGACCUCUAACUGCUGUCCCAGUAGGCUACUUCCUGUGUUUCUACUUCCUGUGUUUCUACUUCCUGUGUUUAUACUUCCUGUGGAUGUUUCCAUCUCUACGUAAAUCAAUGUUCUGAUGGUUCUAGAAGAUGUAUCGUUCUAGAAUGUUACGGACCUCUAACUGCUGUCCCAGUAGGCUACUUCCUGUGUUUCUACUUCCUGUGUUUCUACUUCCUGUGUUUCUACUUCCUGUGUUUCUACUUCCUGUGGGUGUUUCCAUCUCUACGUAAAUCAAUGUUCUGAUGGUUCUAGAAGAUGUAUCGUUCUAGAAUGUUACGGACCUCUAACUGCUGUCCCAGUAGGCUACUUCCUGUGUUUCUACUUCCUGUGUUUCUACUUCCUGUGUUUCUACUUCCUGUGUUUCUACUUCCUGUGUUUCUACUUCCUGUGUUUCUACUUCCUGUGGGUGUUUCCAUCUCUACGUAAAUCAAUGUUCUGAUGGUUCUAGAAGAUGUAUCGUUCUAGAAUGUUACGGACCUCUAACCACUGUCCCAGUAGGCUACUUCCUGUGUUUCUACUUCCUGUGGAUGUUUCCAUCUCUACGUAAAUCAAUGUUCUGAUGGUUCUAGAAGAUGUAUCGUUCUAGAAUGUUACGGACCUGUGAUGUCAUAGUGGGUAAGGUCAUAUUUAGUGUGUUAUAUACGGACCUGUGAUUGGUCAAUAUUGUGUCCUUGUGUAAAUGAGAUUCAUGAAUAAACACGUCUUGUAAUCACA